AUGACUUUAAUUUUUCUAAUAUAUGAUAAAACAUUGAAUGUGUUACAUGCCACCAUUUUACAGUAUGGUAGGAUUGAUUCUAAUAAUCAAAAGAAUAAUCAGGAUCAGAAGAAGGGAUUAAAUAAAAUUGAACAAUAUUUUACAACAUUAACCUUACCAAAAAAAUGGUUUAAAUAUUUUUAUUCAUUUGGCACAAUAUGGAUUAGUUUAAUAAUACUAGAAAUUUUGAUUUUGCCAGCAACUACAACUACAUCAGGAGUAAAUAAUAAUGUUAAUCUAUUUUCAAAAAUGGUCAAUUUUAUUGAUUAUGAAUUACCAAUGAAAUUUUCAUGGGUAAAUUAUUUGGGAGAAGAAGAAGAAUAUAAUUAUUAUAAGAAACAGCCAUUGUCUGAAACUAUAUUGGCAAUGAUAAUGAUUGAAAUACAGGUUUUGCGUAGAUUCUAUGAAACUUUAACAUUAUUUAUUUAUGGAUCAUACCAUCAAAAUAUUUUACAUCGUAUACUUGCUUCAUUACGUUCCAAUCAAAACCACUCAACUUACUCAGUUCCUAAAGGAGAUUGGUUUAAUUAUAUUUCAUCACCUCAUUAUUUCGCUGAAAUAUUAAUUUAUGUGAGUUUUGUAAUAUUGACAAAAGGUCUUAUAAUAACCAAUUGGAUAAUAUUGAUAUGGGUAGUGGUGGCGUUAAGUUCUGUAGCUAAAGAGAAUGAGAAAUGGGGUAGAGAAAGAUUUGCACAAACCGAUGCACCAGUAUCUCAACCAAUUGUUCCUUUCAAUCCUAAAAGAGUUUAUAAAGUUGCCUGUUACGUCAUAAAUCGUUUCUAUGAGAAUGUAACGGGUCCAUUUCUACCCUCAAUAAUCCAAUAUGGUUGGCAUAAAUUAUCAAGCGAACGAAUUGAAUCUUUUACAGCAAAAAAUAUUAUAUACGGUCCAAGACCAAGAAAUCGUUUGGAUGUUUAUGUUCCAAAUAGACUCCCAACGACAACACUUAAAGGUCAUCAUGAAGAAAAUUUAUUGUUUGCAAAUAAUAAUAAUGAAUCUCCUGUUAUAAUAUUUAUUGGUAAUUCUUGGAAUUCUGGAAACAAGGCGACUUGUAUGCCAUUUGCAAAUAAUCUUCAAAAUCAAGGUUAUGUGGUGGGUAAAAUUUCAGAAAUGGUAUCAGAUGUACAAAAUUGUAUUUAUUGGACACAUUCUCAUAUCAGGCAAUAUAAAGGAGAUCCAUCACAAAUUUAUUUGAUGGGACAUUCAGCCGGUGCUCUCAUUUCUGCUUUAACUGUGGUCCAUAAUAUUUGUGCUACUUUACAUGUCCUGCCAUUCAACAACUCAAGUAUACAUCUUCCUGUGUUUAAUAAUAACCCAUUUAAAAGAUCCGAACUACCAAGAAUUGCUGGUUUAAUGUUAUUUUCUGGAGUUUAUGAUGUGACUUAUUAUUAUGCAUAUUUAUAUAAUAUGGGACUUGAACAAGUUCAUGCUAUGCCAAGGGUCAUGGGGAACACAUCUGAAUCUUUUCUUCAAUGCUCUCCAACUUAUUUACUAAGUAAACUAUUAUCUCGUCAUGAUCUUCGAGAACAAGUUAAAAUGAUGUUACCAAAAAGAGUAGUUUUAAUUCAUGGUGAAAAUGACAAAUUUACUCCAACAACAUCAACUAAGAACUUUUUCCAACUUUUAGAUUCAAUAGGGAUGGGUACUUCAUUCGUUCAAUUAAAAAUCUAUAAAGAUCUUAAAUAUUGA